CCAACAAGUGUUGAGUAACAUAACAGCAAAAGGGUCCAUAAUCAUAACAAUGGCCUUAUCUUCUUCCUCUCCGCUAGCUUUCACCACCGUCCAUUCCUCUUCAUUUUCCUCUCCAAAAUCUCACCCCCACCCUGUAAUUCCAUUUCAUUUCCCAACAAAACCCACCACUCCCCUGAUCCUCCAAACGUCAAUAACCACUCGUACUACUGAGAAGCAAUGGAGACUCUGCGUCUCCUUCUUCUCUUCCUUUUUGAGCAAAAAAGGCAAAGACGCCACCGCUCUCAAGGAGGAGCUUCUCGACGCCAUUGCUCCGCUUGAUCGCGGCGCUGACGCCACCCCCGAAGACCAGCAGACGGUUGAUCAGAUUGCACGCAAACUUGAAGCAGUUAAUCCAAUAAAGGAACCACUUAAAUCCGAUUUACUGAACGGGAAAUGGGAGCUCAUAUACACCACUUCAAGAUCAAUUUUGCAAAUUGAGAGACCCAAAUUUUUGAGAUCCAGAACUAACUUCCAAGCUAUCAAUGUGGACACACUUAGGGCCCAAAAUAUGGAAUCUUUUCCGUUCUUCAAUCAGGUUACAGCUAAUUUAACACCCUUGAAUGCAAGAAAAGUGGCUGUGAAGUUUGAUGUUUUCAAAAUUGGUGGUCUGAUAACUAUUAAGGCGCCUGGAAGAGCUCGGGGAGAAUUAGAAAUUACAUAUUUGGAUGAAGAAUUACGCGUGUCAAGAGGUGACAAAGGAAACGUGUUCGUCUUGAAAAUGAUUGAUCCAUCUUACCGAGUUCCUGUCUGACUGGUUCAAAUAGCUGCAUUUUAAGAUUUCCCUCCCAUCAAAUGUUUUAGGGGGUAUUUGAUAUACGGUAAUCAGUAAAAAUUAUAUUAUUAGAAAAAUGAUCGAGAAUAAUAUUAAUUUUUAAGAAUCAUGCAUGAUCAU